CUGUCACUACCGGCGCCGUUUGGUUGCCGUUGCCGUGGCAGCCGGACCGCUUCGCGGCCUGGCCAGGAGACCUUCGAGCGGAACGGAGGCCCCAGGCGGUACCGGCGGCAGCUCCGCCGCUUUCUCCUCCCCUUCCCCAUCCCCGCCGCAGCCGCUGGCGCUGCUGGUCAUGCGGCCCUGCGGCGGGGGCGGAGAAGGGGAGGCGGCGGCCGCCGGCCUUCAGCCUCAGGGCCCGACCCCCGAGGCGCCCCCAGCCCAGGGCAGCUACAUGCUCUUUUACGAGCUGGGCCCCGCGGGCGAGGCGGACGCCGACGGCGAGCUUGCGGGCGGCGAGAGUUGCGGCAGCCCCGGCGGCGGCGGCCUGGAUGAGUUGGACGAGGAGGACGAGGGCGGCGCGCAGUCCGGCGGCGGCGGCGGCGGCUGCAAGAGCUGCACCUACCAAGGCUGCCGCGAGACCACCACGCAGGUGGCCAAGCAGCGCAAGCCCUGGAUGUGCAAGAGGCACCGCAACAAGAUGUACAAGGACAAGUACAAGCGCAAGAAGAGCGACCAGGCGCAGGGCGGGACCGGCGCGGGAGGCCCCGGCGCGGCAGCUCCUGCAGCGGCGACACAAGGAGCAGGAGCCGCCGCCGCCGCUGCCGCCGCCACCCCGGCAGGCAGCAGCGGGCGGGCGGAGGAUUGCACUGAAAAUUCAGGCUCUGCAUCAAAGCAAAGAACAGGUUCUAUUGGCGAUCGGCCCUCAAAACCUACACUUUUGGAGCAAGUGUUGAACCACAAAAGGCUGUCACUUCUUAGAAGUCCGGAAGUUGUCCAUUUUCUGCAAAAACGACAGCAGUUGUUAAGUCAACAAGCUUUGGAGCAAAGGCAGCAACAGUUCUCUGGAGCACCAGUGUGAUCACUGAAGGAUCGUCACACUCAUUUUCUUAUUGGUCAUUAACUUCUCCAUGUUAACUGUUGUAAGAGAACAUUAAAAAUACACUCCAAGGGGGGGAGGGUCCUAAAGCCACCUUGGAAGCAUCAAGAGCCCCACACUGACGUCUGUACCCACUGUGCUGUGCAAAGUGGCAUGGACAUCAGCGUUGGGCCACUUACCCCCCAAACCUGGAAGCUGGCCCCGUGGUGGCAGGCCUCCGCUGCAGCUGCCUGUGCCAGGUCAUGGGGGUGGUGUUCCCAGAGCAAGAGCUGACAUUAGUCAACUCCUAGUGUUCUUUCAGCCCGGGAACACCCCCUCCCAGUGGCACCAACUUAUGCCACAAAAAAAUGUGGCUACGUCACUGUGCAGUGGGCUUUCACAAUAAAAAGAACAAUCUGUCUGAUCAACAUCUGCAUAACUGGCAGAAAAAAGGAAUAAAAAAUGUAAAAGUGAUAUAUAUACAUAAAAACAUGUAUUCAAUAAUAUAACAAGUAUUAGAACAAUUCCCACCAACAUGAAAUUCAACAGUGUGAGCCAGUACAACUUAAUGAAAGUGAAUAUGUACAAUAAAACCUCACACAUAACAUAUAAAUAGAUACAAAGAAAAAUGUUUUUGAUAUUGCAAAAUACAGUCAGAAAUCAAACAGGUAAAUGUAAUAUAAUUUCAAUGUUCAAUCUUAUUCAUGAGGUAAUCAUCAUACUCUCAUACUCUAUAUCUAACCUUAAAGAAAAAUGAAAGAAAAAUAAAAAAACAAUUACUACUGAGCUGUAGUCAGAAAUUCAACAGGUGAAUGUAAUCCAGUGUUAGUAUCUAACUUCCGUAACGUGACCCCUAUUCUUCAUAAUUUUAUUUCAUCCACAUUAAGAUGUAUUGGCUCACAUUAUUGUAUUUCAUGUUGGUGGGAAUUGUUGUAAUACAGAGGGACCUCGGUUUUUGUCGGUAAUCCGUCCGAAAACAAUCGGCGAAAUCCGAAACCGGCAAAAACCGAGGCAAUGAUUUCCAUAGGACAGUUCCAUAGGAAAUUAGCAAUGACCUACAAUGACGAAAGCAAUGAAAUUUGAGGCAACCAACAAAAACCAGGACAAAAUGAUCGUGGAAAAACUGAAACCGACGAUAACCACAGCCUACGAAAAACGAGGUUCCACUGUACUUGUUGUAUUAUUGAAUACAUGUUUAUUCAUGUAUAUAUCACUUUUACAUUUUUUCUUUGUUUUUUGUUCCAGUGAUGCAGAUGUUGAUCAGACGGAUUGUUCUUUUUAUUGUGAGUUUGCUGUUCUGAGCUUCUUUUUGGAGUAAAGGUUUUCCCAUUCUCCCCCAGCCCUCAUGCUGCCAGUUUGUCUCUUUGGAAACAGUGUGGCGGUGCCAUCCCAAGACGCUGCUCUGCCGCCCACCCCGCGGAUUGGGAUUUAAGAGAAUGCUUAACUGCUUUCAUUGUGGAGUGUGGUUUUACUUGCUACUUAGAUGGUUCCAUGUUCGCUAACUUGACUAUUUGCCCUUUGUGUUUCAGCCAUGGUGUAUUUAUUUAUUAUAUGGCUUGUAUUUAUUUUAAAUUUAUAUUAGCUCUUAUGAAUUCUUCCUUCACAGAAAUCUUCCGUUAAUUUUUGGAAGCUGUUCUGAGAAUGAGGCAUGUGAAUUAGUUGACCAAAUUAAAAAUGAUUGCUCAAAAUAUUUUGCUAUGUGAAAAGCUUAAUAUCUUGCAUAAGGUGAUUCUUUAAUGACAGUCAUUGAAGAAAGCAAUACUUACUUUCUAUGGAAGUUGUAAAAUGUAAACUUGUAGCCAAUCCGGUAGCAUAUAUUGCUCAGGGAGGUACCUUGGGGAUGCCCUGGGCUUACAAGUUUAUGGGGACAGCUCAGCAAGUUCUGGCCUCCAUCUCUGGUACUGGUGAUAGAUUUGUACCUCUGGUCAAACAAAUUGAUUGUCAUCUUAUUACAUUAUUUUACAAUGUAUCCCAUGUUAUUAAUUUUGUAUGCAUUUUGUAAACAUAGUUUUCAAGAAUUAGUAUGAUUAUUUCAGUAUAUUACUGGCAUAAAACAUUAAAAGGCAUUCAUUUAGGCCUAUUUAUAUUAAUUUUAUAUUUUAAUAAGACUGAUUUGUACCAGUAAACAAAAUUUGUCAAGGAUGUAUUAAAAAUAUCAUUUUUGUAUUUUUGUAAUUUUCAGACGGUUUCUGGGCAUGUUUUGAAUUUUUUUAGUCUUUUUGGAUAAAGGUAUACCAUCUGAGAAUUUUUGUAAUCAGAUUUUUUAGAAAAAAAAUUCUGUCGAAUAUAGUGGGCUAGAAUCUUCCAGCUUUUAUAUUCCACAAAAAAUUCAAUAAGAGCCGUGGAAAAUAAUCUUCCCGAAUUCUCCUCCUCACUGCAGCUUUGGCCACAUGGAGUUCUCUCUAUUUGGACCAUAUAAUAUCCAAAGUAGUUUUUUAGGUGACAAAAGAGAGGUUUUCCCUUUCUUGUACCCAUGAAAUGACUGGUAGGAUUCAACCCAUUGUAUAUACAUUAGUGUCUUGUUCUGCCAUAGUAUUAACCUGACUGUGUUCUGAUUCACAUAAAGAUGAUAGUUUGGUCAGUUGACGUGCAAUGGUUGAGAAAGUUGUCUGCUUCCACAUUAGAAAAUAGUCCUGAACAAACAUGAGAAUUAUUCAUUUUUCAUUCACUGCUUUUGUCAAAACGAUUAUUUUGUGCAUUAUUGAACAUGGUACCUCGCUACAAAAGCAUUUAUGCCGAAACAUUUUUUCUUUCAAACAGUUGGGGGGAACAGGACUCGGCAGGGCAUUCUACCAUAAAGAAAGCCCAGCAUGCUUUGUUCCAUGGCUGAGGAAUAUACUAUCUCCUAUCAUCUUUAUGUGAAACAUAAACAGAUAUCAAACUCAAUCCUUGAUGCAUUUCUAGCAUGCUUUUUUAGAGAAAAUAACUGUAUGCGAUGUUGAAAUGUAAAUAGUAUGGACAUUGAAAAUGUCCGUGAUGCUUACCAGUUCUUGCUGUUUGAUUGGAUAACAACCUGGGUAACAUUUUUCCAAAUCUACAUGAAGGGUAUAGUUAAUGUAAAUUAUGUUAGCAGCAACUUUUUUUUUCUUUUCUGCAUGGUAUAUUUACUCUCCAAUGGGGUGCUCCGUUGUCUGCGGCCUACUAUGCAGUAAGAAAUGGGUGAAAUAUUCCAAUGUUUUGCUGCUACCAGUGACGUAGGUAUAGAUUUUUAUGGGGGGGUUGGGGGGCGAGGCCGCGCCUCCACCCACCCCUGGGGGUGUGGCCAUGGCUCCCCAAGCCCUGCCCCUGGCCUCAGUGCUUAUAAAAGCAG